UUUGCGUAUUAUCUAGUUUCCUCGAUUCUUCCUCAACCUCACCUUCCUGGAUUCUUCAUUUUAGGGUUUAUGUUUGUUUGUUGAUUUCAUCUUUGAAGAAAUGAAGAUUGGUUGUUGUUUUCCGGUGGCAUCAAUGAAAUUCCUCUUCCCUGUGUGGCGCUUCUCAUCCUCAAGACCCUAUAUGUCUCUCUCUUCUUCUUCUCCGUCUCGCAUUAUGUCCAUUCAAAAUUCUUCUUCCUCUUCAGUUUCCAUAUCAACUUCAACGGAAUCCAAAGAGAAGAAGGAAACUUUACCUUGGUUAAUUGUUGGACUCGGAAAUCCUGGCAAAAAGUUCUCUGCCACCCGCCACAAUGUGGGAUUUGAGAUGGUUGACACCAUAGCUGAAGCUGAAGGGAUAUCUAUGAGUUCUGUAUCCUUCAAAGCCUUAUUUGGAAAAGGUUUUAUCAGUGACGUACCAGUUAUACUUGCAAAACCACAGACUUUUAUGAAUUCAAGUGGUGAAUCUGUUGGGGCCAUAGUUUCAUAUUACAAGAUUCCACUGAAACAAGUCCUUGUGAUCUUUGACGACAUGGAUUUGCCUUUUGCAAAAUUGCGGCUUCUACCAAAGGGGGGGCAUGGAGGUCACAAUGGAAUGAAGAGUGUUAUUAAUCACUUUAAAGGGAAUGUUUGUUUUCCCCGUUUAAGAAUUGGCAUUGGACGACCUCCCGGGAAAUUGGAUCCUGUAGCAUUUGUUCUUCGCACAUUCACUAAACAGGAAAGGGAAGAGUUGAAUUUUACAUUGCAAGAUGGAUUAGAAGCUGUGCGGAUUCUUUUGUUUGAUGGAUUUGAUAAAAGUGCAAAUUUUGUCAAUAGUGCCAAAAAGAUAGAGCAAACAGGUUGAGGAAUUGCUGACUUAGAAUAUCCUUUUGGAAAGUACAAAGAAACAAGCAAGGAGAUACAACUUAAAAAGAGUAAAUUCGUUCCGGGCUCUGUUUUUAAUUCGAUAGAGCUAGCUAUGUUUAACCAAGUAUUCAUCCAUUCUUUCAGAAAGCAGUUUCAACUUUCAGCACAAAGUUCGAACCUGAUGCUUGGAAUCUUCAGGUACUUGUGAGUUUACAUGCUGUUGUGUUUGAACAAUUUUGAGCACUUCCAGCACCUUGAAUUAUAUAAAAUAUGAUGUUGUGGAAUUAUUAAUUAAUUGUAGACGUAGCUACCUAUUAUAAUGGUUACCCUCUUAACUAUGAUCUUUAAUUCUUUAGCAUUGUGUACUACUUUGCUUCUCUCCCGAGUUUUUGUGUUGGUUUUGUCUUUUAAGUUCUGUAUUCAUACAAGAGUUGCUGUGGCUUGAUGUCAUGAUCUGCCCGUCACAUUUCCUUUGCUCAUUCUUUGUCUCUUUAAGGCUUAUUGUACACUUCUAUAUAUUUAAAUUAUACUCUUUGGCUGUUUGCUCA